AGUAGUAUAUUAUGCUGUCUUUAACUUUAAAAGUGAUAUGUGUUUUCUGACUAAUUCAUAACACAAUCCAUCCUAGUGGAAGAAAUAAAAUUGUGUCCAAAUCAUGGCAGAGUCGGAAAACUUUAAAACUAAAUGGAAGAACAUCACGUCAACUCUGCAAAAGAUUGUAGAAUGUCCAGUGUGUCUGGAUACAAUCCAAAUUCCAUUUAAGACAUGCAGCAGAGGCCAUGGGGUUUGUAACUGCUGCUGCGAGAAGUUAAAUGACUGCCCAACAUGCGAGGGUCCAUUUACAACAGAGAAUCCUGUGUGUUUGAAAAACAUUUUGGAAGCCCUUCCUCGACAGUGCAAGUACAAUGGAGAUGGUUGCGAAGACAUUCUGGAGCCCGGGAGUGACCAUGAAGACUUUUGUGGAUUUAGACCUGUAGAGUGUAGGGAAACCGAUUGCAACACUGUGAUUCCUGCGAUAAAACUGAUGGAUCACUAUGAGAAAGAGCAUUGUGACACACUCUAUAAGUAUGAAGCAAAUUCAUCUUAUCCUUGGACUUGGCGACAGUUUGAUCCUGAGGAAUACGGCAUUUAUCAUAAUCUCAUCUUCGUUUUUGACAAUAUAUUCUGGAUUACUGAAAAUUUAAAUCAGAAAAAUUUCGAACUUACCUUUGAAGCAACUCCAAUUGGGAAGUUUAAAAAAGAAUAUUUUGUAAGAUUCAAGUUUGAAAAGGGUGAGUUUGUAUAUGUGUCUACAUUAAAGGCUUCUAAGGUGAAGUGUUCUGAAAAAGGGGAGAAAAGUAACACAGAUGAUGAAAAUAAUUGCAUGAGGAUUCCACAGAGUGCCUUAUAUAAGCUUACUGAUAAAGGAAAUCUUGCAUGUGAGAUUACGUUUUUUUAAUUCCAAAAGUAAAAUCUCCUUACUAUCAUGAAAUUUGUUCAAAUUGUGUUUGAUUUUAAGUUGUUUAAGUUUUGUGUAUGAAUCUUUGACAUUUCAGGGUCUCCUCCCUAAGCUGGGUACAAUACCAGCCUCUUCAACAAGAUAACACUUGAACAAUCUAUUAUGUUAUGUAUUUUUUAUUAUAUUUUUAAGGUUAGGGUAAAGAUGUUAACCUUCUUUGUGAACAGGUAAUAUGUAUGCUGUCAUUGUGGAGUAUCUAUGGUUCAAUGAGCAAAAAAUGUUUUAACCUCUAAUACCGAAGUGAAAGGUAACUUAUCAUGCAUAUAUUAAUUUGUAAACAGCUAGAUUAUUGAUUAAAUAGUGUGUUAAGUGUUAAACAGCAUAGUUAUAGAAAUAUUACCAUAAAAACCAAAAACCUACAUAUUUUUCAGUAAUACAAACCACCCCCAUCCCAAACAUGACGCCCAAAUGGUGUAAUGUUUUACCAUACAAUACUAUAUUGAACAAUUUUGUGUUUAUCGUUAUCGAUAAUAACUAUCAAGAUAUUUCAUAAAUAAAAAAAAUCAAUGCAUAAAACGGAGUACCUAACUUUUUUAUUAUACAAUACAGGAACUAUAGUGAACAGUUGGAGUCAAAAGUUAGCUUUCUCUUUGGAUUUUGAGGCUUAGGUGUAUUUGCACCAUUCACCAAAUCAAAUCAAAUCAUCCUUUAUUCAUUUUGUAAAAAUAUACAAGAAUAGUGUCAAUUAUUAAGAAUACCAACAUACAAAUUAAGCCGUACAAAAGUCAGCGGAAACCGUCAUUUAGCUUAUAGCAACA